CCCUUUGAUGUGAACCGGAGUUAAUGCGUUUGUAGUUGAGAGAUUAGCCCACCAACACCGUUUAUAUAGACGCGCGAUUCUCCGCUUCCUAUGCCCAUCUCUAUUUCACAGUUGCUUCUUUCUCUCUCACUUCGGUUGCCGGCCGGAGUUUUUAUAUCGCCGCCUUACGCACACACAUAUCUCCGAUCAUCUUUCAAUCUCAGUCAAUAAGAAAUGGCUUUUGAGAAGAUCAAGGUUGCAAACCCCAUCGUGGAGAUGGACGGAGAUGAAAUGACCCGUAUCUUUUGGGAAUCAAUCAAGAAUAAGCUCAUCUUUCCCUUUCUAGAUUUGGACAUAAAGUACUAUGACCUUGGCCUUCUCAACCGUGAUGCCACAGAUGAUAAAGUCACUGUAGAAAGUGCUGAAGCUACUCUUAAGUACAAUGUUGCAAUCAAGUGUGCCACCAUUACUCCAGAUGAGGCUCGUAUGCAGGAGUUCACUUUGAAGAGCAUGUGGAAGAGUCCAAAUGGAACCAUAAGGAACAUUUUGAAUGGAACUGUUUUUAGGGAACCAAUUCUUUGCAAAAACAUCCCUAGGUUGAUUCCAGGGUGGACAAAACCAAUAUGCAUUGGAAGACAUGCUUUUGGUGAUCAGUAUAAAGCUACUGAUGCAGUGAUUAAAGGACCUGGGAAAUUGAAAAUGGUGUUUGUUCCUGAAGGUCAAGGUGAAACCAUAGAUUUGGAGGUUUAUAACUUCACUGGUGCUGGAGGGGUAGCUUUGUCAAUGUACAACACUGAUGAGUCCAUUACUUCUUUUGCUGAAGCCUCAAUGAACACUGCCUACCUUAAAAAGUGGCCACUUUAUCUAAGCACAAAGAACACCAUUCUAAAGAAAUAUGAUGGAAGGUUCAAGGACAUAUUCCAAGCAGUUUAUGAAAGUAACUGGAAAUCAAAGUUUGAGGCUGCUGGGAUAUGGUAUGAACAUCGUCUCAUUGAUGACAUGGUUGCUUAUGCUCUUAAGAGUGAUGGAGGGUAUGUUUGGGCAUGCAAAAAUUAUGAUGGAGAUGUCCAAAGUGAUAUGUUAGCUCAAGGUUUUGGAUCGCUUGGACUAAUGACUUCAGUCCUGGUGUGUCCUGAUGGGAAGACCAUUGAAUCUGAAGCAGCCCAUGGCACUGUGACACGUCAUUACAGGGUGCACCAGAAGGGCGGUGAAACCAGCACAAAUAGCAUUGCCUCAAUUUUUGCUUGGACCCGAGGUCUCGCCCACAGGGCAAAGUUGGAUGACAACUCCAAGCUUUUGGAUUUCACGGAAAAGUUAGAAGCAGCGUGUAUUGGAUGCGUUGAAUCUGGCAAGAUGACUAAGGAUCUUGCUCUCAUUAUUCAUGGAUCCAAGCUGAGUAGGGAGCACUAUUUGAACACCGAAGAAUUCAUUGAUGCUGUGGCACUCGAACUCAAAACAAGACUCUCUGCCUAAUAAUCACCAUGAAUGCCUUGACAGUUGAGACUAAUGCAUGGUGGUAACAAGAGAAGAUUGGUAAUUCUGUUAUGAGGGUUGGAUGGGAGUUUGUGAUGUGUAUUUGGUUGGAUUAUAUUUGAACAUCUUUAUUUUUAAUUUUGUUCUACGAAAUAUUUGGUAGGGUUUAUCUGCUAAGUUAAUUUCAGAUUUUAUUUGUUUUAA